GAGGCGAAGAGGGGGCUUGACACGUCGCUGCAGAGUUGGACUUAUGCUUCAGUGGCAGAAGUAGAGAGUGGCACCGUCUGGAAGGGUGAGCGCAACGGAGCUGGCAUUUUUACAACUUGCAGCUAGCAAAGGGCAGAAUGUGGCCACCGUUUUUGUAGUGUCAACUCAUUUUUCUCAGAAAGCAAACGCUCGUUUGGUAAAAGCUGCAGAGUCGUGGUGUAUGUGCAGCUGAUUCCAGAAGGCCAUUUUUUCAGUUCUGUACAGAAAUCAAGCAGUUUGAAAUGUCGGGGUUUGACAGCUUCAACACAGAUUUUUACCAAACAUCAUACAGCAUUGAUGAUCAAGCACAAGCAUAUAGCAACCCAGCUGAUCCAUACAAUAGGCAAUAUGGAAAUUAUGACUAUUCCCAGCCUGGUGGAUUUGUAAGUCCAGGAAUGAUGCCGCCCCAACAACCAUAUACUGGUCAAAUCUAUCAACCAACUCAAACAUACACUCCAACAAGCCCUCAGUCGGUAUAUGGGAGCAGCUUUGAGGAUGAGCCACCAUUACUAGAGGAACUUGGAAUUAAUUUUGAUCAUAUUUGGCAGAAGACAUUAACAGUCCUACAUCCACUCAAAGCAGCAGAUGGCAGCAUCAUGAAUGAAACAGAUCUUACAGGACCAAUGGUUUUCUGUCUGGCAUUUGGAGCAACUUUGCUACUGGCAGGAAAAAUACAGUUUGGUUAUGUUUAUGGAAUUAGUGCAAUUGGCUGUCUGGGAAUGUACUGCUUGCUGAACCUGAUGAGUAUGACGGGUGUUUCAUUCGGAUGUGUCGCAAGUGUCCUGGGCUACUGUCUCUUGCCAAUGAUUAUAUUGUCUAGUUUUGGGAUCCUGUUCUCGCUGCAAGGAAUGUUUGGAGUAGUAAUCACUGCUCUCAUCAUAGGCUGGUGUAGCUUUUCUGCUUCUAAAAUUUUCAUUUCUGCUCUCGCCAUGGAUGGACAGCAACUUUUAGUAGCAUAUCCCUGUGCGUUAUUGUAUGGGGUGUUUGCAUUAAUUUCUGUGUUUUGAACUUUGUAAAGUGUCUUUUUUCGGAUUAAAUGUGGACAAGCAAGCAGGCAGGAGCCCACCAAGCUUGGUUGUUUCUUUAAUGAGCUGUUGUUCUGGGCACAUUCCUUUCUCAUCACAUUAAGAGACAAUGACAUUUUUUUGUCCUUUUUGUUUUUUAAUUCAGUUUUGAGUACAGAUGCUGUCUUUCACAAAUUAUGCUUUUGUACUUCCCAAAAAGCAACUUUUUAAAUGCUUCAACAUUGUCCAUCAUUAAGAGUAAAUUAAUGCCCUGCAGGUAAUUUUUUUUUAAUCUUAAAUACAAAUAAACAUGUAUUGUAUCCAU